AUGUAUAGUCAAUAUCCAUAUAAUACUAAUAAUAACAAUAAUAAUAAUAAUAUUAAUGAUAUUCAUGAAAAUAAAUUAAAUAGAAGAAUUGAAUUUAUUAAAAAUCUUAUUGUUUCUAAUGAAGAGACAAAAUCUGCUAAAAUAAAUUCAUUAAAACAUUCAUUAGAAAUAAAUAAUGCAUAUGGUCCUAAAGGUGUUGACCAGUGUCUUCACCUUCUUAGAAUGGUAUUUCAAUUAGAAAUUAAUGAAGAAAUUAAACAAAUAUUAGAUAGACAUCUUCGUACAACUUUUCAUCAAGCAAUUGAAAAUCUUAAAAAAGCGGGUGAAUGUGUAAGCCAAAAUCAUAUUAAUAAAUUAUAUUAUGAUAUACUUGAUAAUGCAAGACAAUCUUAUCAUAAAACAUAUAUUAAUCAAAGAAUAACAUAUGAAAGAAAUACAUCUAAAAGUAUAUCAAAUAGUGAUGUGUUAUGUAAAGAAUAUCAAUAUAUAACAAGUAGUUAUUUGUUAAAUAAUCAUUUUAUAAAAAGAAAUGAACAUAAUAAUACUCCAGGUAAGUCUCUUGGAAUGAAACGUCCCCAUGAAAGUGAUGAAGAUGACUCAUAUGAGAGUGAUGAUAAUGAGGAAUGUCGUAGUGAAGCAACAAUUGUAUCAAAUAAUUUUCCACCAAAAAAAAGAGGACGACCAAGAAAAAUUGAUGUUGAUUCAGGAAGAUGUGGAACACCAAUAUUUAGUGGUAUUGAACCUGUUUCAUUUAUUGAAGCUGGAAAGUAUAAUCCAAUUAGAUUUAAUAAUGAUUCAAAAUUUAUUUUAUAUUCUAAAGUAAGAAAAAUUAUUGGUAAAGGACAAAGAGGAUAUGUUUUUCAAAAAAAACCAAGGAUUUUUAGAUAUGUUGCUGAUGAGGAUGAUAAAAAAUGGUUAUUUAAUCAUUCAUAUUCUACAAGAAUGAAUGGAAAAGUAUUUAUAUUAUCAUUAGAUGAUAUUGUUGAAUUUGCUAAUGAAGAAAAUUUAGAUGAAUAUGGUAGAAAUGAAUUGAUAAGACAUGGUAUAAAUUUACCAGAGGAAAUGAUAAAAAAAAUACAAGAAGCAAUGAUUGAACCAUUUAAAGCAUUACAAGCAAGAGUUAAAAUUGAAGCAAUAGCAAAAAUCUCUUUAUUUAAUCCUAAUGAAUGA